CCUCACCUCCACCCACACCCCCACCUCCGCUCAGCAUGGACUCCUUCGAGGCGCCGUCCGUGCUCAAGGCGCGCAUCGCGCAGGGCAUGGACGAGCUGACGGACCUCUCGUUCGAGGCCGAGCUCGGCCGCCGCGCGCCCGACCAGACCGACGACGCCGACUUCUCCCUCGGCAGCGAGCCGAGCCAGUACUACGACCAGCAGGACGUCAGCCGCACGCCGGGCCGCACCGCCGCGCCAUCUGCAGCGUCGUCCACCAAGACGGCGUCGGGCCCCACGCUGCAGGACGCGCUGGCCGCCGCCUCGCGCCCGCAGGCCGCCAGCUCGCUCACCACGGCCAUGGAGCAGGUGCCGGCCGAGGCCGACGAGUCGCUGGACUUCACAGCCGAGCACCGGCCAGAGCUCUCAGCUGCGUCCGUGAGCCUCGAGCCUUCGCGCUUUGCCAGCGAGGCGCCGCGCUCCCCCGCCGUGUCGCCGCCCGUCGCGCCGCAGCAAGACGUGCACACGCCGGCCGCCUCGCUCUCCCUCUCCGCGUCAGGCUCAAUGGUGACGCCAGAGAAGGACGUGCCGCGCUCGCCGCCGCUCACCUCUACGCCAUAUGCGCCCUCGCUCGCUGCGCGCACCCUCUCCUUCGCACCCUCGCAUGCCUCUGUGACUGCGCCGCGCUACUCUGUCGGCAGCUCGCGGGCGCGCCAGUCCGGCGUCAGCUCGGCGGGCGCGAGCUCGGCAGCCUGGCGCUCCGCGCGCGACACGCCGGCACGCCUCGAGCCAGAUGCAGAGGCAAGCUACGGCGCCAGUGUGCUCCCGCCCGCUCCUGCAGCGGAGCGCCUAGGCGACGAGAGCAGCGCGACGUCUGCCAAUGGCGCCAGCGGCGGGGAGGAGGAGGACGAGAGUGAGCAGAGCCGAGCGACGGGCACGAUGCACACGAGCGACAUCGUGUCGACGUUCGACGUGCGCAACGCUCGCAUGUCCAGCGCCGACGACAAUGCGCGACCGAGCAGUGCGCUCAGCUCGCGAAGCGCCAGAAGCGCGAACAGCGAGCGGUCACGAAGCGUUCGUCAGCCUGCACGGCAAGGGAGCGUCGCGAGUGCGCGCAGCACUCAGGCAGUGGAAGAUGCGCCCGCAGCUGCAGCGUCAACCUCUGGCAGCGUCAAGCGAGCUUCUGCUCAUGCAUCCUCCGCUGGCGCGCGUGAGGCAGGCGAGCCCUCGGCGUUGGCAAAUGAGACCAGCCUGGGCCCUUCGGACGAGACACAGGGCUCAAGCCCAGCGGCCGGUAGACUUGCUCGUCAGCGACAGCGGCAAGAACGCGCGCAGUCCGAGCAAGCUUCGCACGCGAACGGCUCGCCGGCCCCUUCUCCGCCACAAGGUGCCUUCACUCCGAAGGCAGCCCAUCGUGACACGGAGCGCAUGAAGUCGUACCUCCUCAACACAGUUCGGCGCUCGCCAAUCAGGCUCGGUCUGCGCCAGGAUGCACCGCGAGGGGCAGCUUCUGCCUCUGCUUCGCCCAAUGCGGGCAGCAGCAGCUCGCCAAACACGCCCUUUGCGCCAGAGACGAGAGCCACACGCCUCGGCAAGGCCAACAUCUUCGCAGCAGGGCGCACACCGUUGCCGCGCGCCUCGCCGCUUGGCCAGGCCACACCGACGGACAACAGCGACUCGCGCUCAGAAGUGUCCUCGACUCACGACCUGACGGGCAUCGCUCGUGGCAUGCGGCCCAACACGUCGUUCCCGGGCAUUGGUGUCGGCACAGGUGCCGUGCCCGCCGCCUCCGGUCGCGUCGAGGGCGCCAUGCUCAACCACUACCUGCACAAGGUCAACACCGGCCUCGAGCAGGAGAACGUCAUCCUCAAGGAGCAGCGUGAGACGCUCGAGCGCCGCUACAAUGCUGCGCUGCGCGAGCUAGAGAAGAUGAAGGAGGCGGGACCAGCACCUGCUAGUGAUGCGAAAGAGUCCGGAGCGGCGCUCGAGGAGGCGUACGAGCGCAUCCAGGAGCUCGAGGACGGCCACAACGAGCUCAACGACCUCAUCGACACCGCUGAGGAGAGAGAGGCAGAGCUUCUGGCGGAGCUCAAGCGCUAUCGCGAUGCCGGCGUCGAGCUCCCGACCGCUGACGGUGCUGCUGCGACGGCCACUGUCACGCACACAGGCGCAUCAUCCGAGCAGCAGGCUCGUGUCGAGAACCUCGAGGACGAGCUUGCGGACCGUGCCGCGCAGCUGCAAGAUGCCGAAGCCGAGAUUCAGGAGCUGCGUGAGAGCCUCGACCGGGCCGCGCAGUCAGCGUCGGAGCGGGACGCCAAGCUCGAGGCGCUUGCUGCCGAGCAGAAGGCCGCGCAAGAGCUCGCCGAUCGCGCCGAGGACCGCGCCGAUGAGCUCGAGACGCAGCUGAAGCGCAGCCGAGAAGAGCGAGCUGCGCUGGUCCGCGCUGCCCGGGACGGCGGCUCGCGCGAAGAGCACGAGGAGCUCGCCCGCGCCCAGGACCAGUACGCCAACGCUCAGAAGGAGGCCGACGAGCUCCGCGACCAUGUCGAGCAACUCGAGAAGGAGCUCGAGGAGCUGCGAGCAGUCGUCGACGAUGCCGAGCGUGACCGUGCCGAUGCCGCAAAGCUUCGGGAACGAUGCGCCGAGCUGGAGGAGCAGGACGCCCGCUGGGCCGAUCAGCAGACGCAGCUCGAGCUCAACCUCGAAGACGCGCAGAACGACCUGCAAGACUCUGAGCAGGAGCGGCAGGCUCUCGCAGACGAGCUGGAGGAGGCAAAGCGUACUCACGCCAGCGAGAUCAAGGACUGGGAGAUCGCCGUCGAGGAGAAGGAGAGCGAAGUGCUCAAGCUCCGCUCUCAGCUUUCGCGCGUCCAGCAGUCGCCCGUCGGUGUCCGCCGACCCGACCCGCGGGACAGCGCGGCGUCGAUUGCCCAAGAGCAGGCACUGGCUCGCGCGCAAGAAGAAGUCGCCGCGCUGAAGGCUCGCCUGGCCGAGCACGGCUCAGCAGCGUCCGACGCUCUCGAUGCGCAGCUCGACCUCAAGGACGAGGAGAUCGCCCAGCUGCGCCGUGCCAAGAACGAUCUCGAGGAGCGCCUCGAUGCUCUCAAGGAGCAGCAGCAGGUGCUUAGCUUCUUCUCAGCCGGAGUACAAGCGACGCCGGGCAAGGGCACGCCGAUGCAUCGCAACAUCAUGUCGCUGCGCACGCCGCUUCGCACGCCAGGCUCGCCUCCCAACCUUGCCCCUGGUCUCUCGUACGCCGACUCGACGCUGCACGACCAGCCGGUCAUGGAGCGCCUGCAGCAGCUGCAAGAACUGCUGGACGCUGCCAACAACAGCAUCGACGAGCAGCUCCACAAGCUCGACUCGCAGGACCUCAGUCGCCUCACACUUGCCCGGCAUCUUGCGGACGCGCGCAAGCGCAUCGCCGAGGUCGAAGCCGAGCUGGCCGCACUGCGCCUCCGCAGCGUGGACCGUGAGGUGCUCAGCAGCCGGCUGGAGCGGGUACGCUGCCCGGGCUGCAAGACGAAGGUCAAUGCCGCCAAGCAUCUGCGCGAGUCGGUCGGCCACAGCAGCAGCAUGCGCCAGUCUGUAGGCGACGUCACGUCUCAAAGCCAAGCUUCGCGCACGCGCGAGCUGUCGAUGAGCGUGCACGCCCACUUCGCCGAGCUGAAGAAGCAGUGGGCGCUCGACCUGGAGCGCAUCAAGCGCGAGCGCCAGAAGGAGACGGAGGAGGUCGCCUCGGAGCGGCGCCGCUGGAAUGGCGAGCGGGGCGCACUCGAGCAGGAGAACCGCGCGCUGCGCGAUGCUGCCUCGAAGGCCAAUGAGAAGGUCGAGGCUGGCUACCAGCACCGCCGCCUUGCCGCCAAGCGCAUGUUCGAGGGCACCGAGCAGGUACUCGAGAAGUCCCGGCAAGCCGUGCACGCGCUGGACGACGAAUUGCGGGAGGACCGCGAGCGCAUCUCUGCGCUCCAGUCGCGCACGCACGACUCGCACAGCGCGGGCGCCAUCGCCGAGGAGCAGCUGCAGCGCCUCGAGAUCAAGCUGCGCACCGUCGAGACUGAGCUGGCGCGCAAGGCGUCUGCCCACGAGCGGCUGCGCGGCGAGCUGUCCCGGCGUUCCGUCAGCGGCAUGGAGCUGCCGAUGCAGCUGCACGAGCUGGAUGCCGAGGUCCGGCAUGCAGUCGUCGAGCUCGAACAGCUGCGCACCGAGCGUGCCGCGGUCAUCGCUGAGCGCAGCAAGCUGCACUCGCGUGUGCGCGAGGCCAACGACCGGUACGAGGCGGUCCGCGCUGAGCUGGACUCGGCGCGUCAGGCGAUGCAGGCGCACCAGCAGCAAGUCGACGAGCAGGUCGGCAUCAUCGAGAAUCUGCACCGCCAGCUGCAGUCCGAGAGCUCGAAGGUCGCCGGCGCCGAGGCACAGCGCACCCGUCUCGAGGCCGAGCGCCGGGAGGUGCUGUCCGACGUCGGCGUGCUUGAGGCCGACAUGCGUCGCGUGCGCGACCAGGCCGAGAGCUUUGGCAAGGAUCUCGCCCAGCUGCGCCACGACAAGGAGCAGGAGCGCCUGCGCUCGGCAGACCAGGCGCAGAGCGCACACUCGGCCAAGCAGGAGAUCGCGGCGCUGCAGAACGAGCUGCAGCUGAUGCAGCGGCGCUUUGCGCAGAAGCAGGCGCAGGCCGACAUCGAGAUGCAGGCUCAGCACGCGGCCGAGUGCAAGGGCCUCAUGCUGCACAUUCGCUACCUCAAGGCCAAGCACCUGCGCGAGGCCGACCUGCGCGCCGACCUGGCGCACCAGAAGGGCUACCUCGAGCAGCUCGUCGGCGGCCUCGAGCUGAACCAGGCGGCUACUCGACGCUUCAUUGCCGACCUGACGCUCUCGCGUGGCGCUGCGGCUCCACACAAGGCCACCGCCGCCACGCCGCUGCAGCGCUUCCGCCACGCAGCACUUGCCGUCUCUGCCGUCUGCCGCAUGAGCCUCAUGGCGCAACGCUGGCAGCAGACGUGCAGCGUCAAAGCCACGCUGCGCGACGCCCACCUCGCUGCGCGUGCGCGCCACAGCGAGCGGCCUCUCCCCGCCGGCAAGGCCGCGUAGCUCCUCCUCUCUUUCUAGUUCUGAGUGUGCUCGUCCGAUCCUCUUGUUUGUACUCUAGACAUACCGCACGUCCUGCUUUAUCUGACUGCCAUCGCAUCUGUUCACGGGCUCGAGUGCGGAAUCGCAUUGCGCGCGGCGUGCGCCACGGCGGAGCGGACCUGGCGGAGCGUGGUGUGCCUGGCCGAAGCGCUGGUCGCUCCGCACCCGGAGCCGAGAGAGGCUCCAUGGUUGGUGCUCCGCCCUGGCUCCUGUGUGUCCGCGGCGUGCGCUUCACGGCCACGGCGGAGUGCGGGAGGGUGCAGCAGAGAGAUGCGACGGCUGCAGGCGGAGUGGGCGGACGAUGCGCAGACACAUUCAUGCUCCAGG